UGCCUCGUAGCUCCACCCUCAGAUCACAAGGAAACAUUUGACUUUCGGUUUGGUCCGGGACCAGCUUUACCAUCUGUAAUAGCAGAAUAAAGAUUAAACAUCUUUCCCAGCACGGGUGAAAUCAUGCGGGACUUAAUCUUUAUUCUCCUAUCGGCUGUGGUCUGCUCUUCACUGGCCAAGGAAGAUCGACCCAACGUUCAGGUGUACACCCGUCUCAAAGAAGAGUUUGGGAAAGACAACAUCUUAAUCUGUCACGUGACUUGCUUCUACCCGCCACUGAUCACGAUUGACCUGCUGAAGAAUGGAGAGACAAUUCCGAAAGCCAAUCAGACAGACCUGGCUUUCGCGAACACCUGGAAGUACCACCUGACCAAAGCUGUGGCCAUCACCCUGAACCAAGAAGACAAGUUCGUUUGCAGAGUGACCCACAUGGGGAAGACCAACGAUCACAUUUUGGAACUUGACUAGUAACCUCUGUGGUCCACCAUGUUCCAGGUCUGCUCAGUCUGGAGGAGGUGAAGAAGAUUUAAAUGUAAAAUCUCUACUCUUGACUUUCAUAACAAAAGUGAAAGUGUUUUCCGCAGAUCAGUGAAAUGCACUUGAUCCAGCCUUAAAUCGACUACGUUUACAUAGACACCAAUAGUCUGACUAUUUAGCUUAUUUUAGAGGGAUAGUUCACCCAGAAAUGAAAAUUCACUCAUUAUCGACGUACCCUUAUGCCGGUGGGGGGGUGGGUGAAGUGGUUGAGUCCACAAACCACUUUUGGAGUUUCAGGGGUCAACAGUGUUGCAG